GCUCGGGGGGCUGGAGUCCGGGACGGGCUCAGGGAGUUACUUACAGUUUCUCCCGGCCGCGGACACCAUGGGCCAGUCCGGCUGCCUGCUGCGGGGCCUCCUGCUUCUGGCUCUGAUCGGUCGCCCAGGCUGCCUGGCCGUGGUGCAGAUCUCAGUGCCAGCGCAGGUCGAGGUGCUGCUGGGAUCCCAGGUCACCAUCCCCUGCACGCACAGUAUCACCGGGUCACCUGACAGCCGCCUGGUGGAAUGGUUCGUCACGGACCGGGAUGGGGAGAGGCGGCGUGUGGCUUACAGCGAGGGAGGCCGCGGGGGGGUGGACCAGGGCACCGAGUACUCAGGCCAUGUCUACAUGGACCCCGAUCUCAGCCUGGUUCUGCCGAAGGCCGACGUGAGCGAUGAGCGGGCCUUCUCCUGCCAAGUGACAGCAGGGGCCGCAGGCAGCGCCGAGGGGGUGGCCCAGCUCCGGGUGUACGAACCCCCCGAACCCCCGGAGCUCACAGCUAACCCUGGGAUCCUGUCCGUGAUGGAGCGGUCUGUGUCUGAGAUCGCCACCUGCAGCAGCCGGAAUGCCAACCCCGCCCCCACCAUCAGCUGGUUCAAGGAUGGGGCCCGCCUGGAAGCGCCCACUGAACGCAAUGACGACAUGUACGUGGUGUCUCGCUCUGUGAAGGAGGCCUCAGGGCUGCAGUCUGUGUCCAGCACCCUCUAUCUGCGCCCCAGCAAGGCCGACAAGGAUGCCCAGUUCCAGUGCCUGGUCCAGUACCCGCUGCCCCAGGGGAAGGUGGGCAACGCCACCUCAGAGCGCUUCAGCCUCGUACUGCACUAUUUCACGGAGAACGUGGAGUUCAUGCUGGAGUCUCCCCUGGUGAUCAAGGAGGGGGACGACGUGAGGCUGCAGUGCCGGGGGGAUGGGCAGCCGGAGCCGGAGUACAUCUUCUACCGAGUGCAGGCCUCCAAGGUCAUGGAACUGGCCACCAAGCAGGACGGGGUCCUGAUCCUGCCCAGCGUUUCCAGGGCCAACAGCGGGACCUACCGGUGCCAAGUGCUGGACUUUGACAGCCCCCCUGAGGUGCAGCUGGAGAAGGAGGUGACCAUCCACGUCAACUACCUGGACCCCCUGACCCUGCACCCAGGCAGACGAGUGACAGUGCCCCUGGGUGGAGACGUCACACUCACCUGCUCCGGACAGGGCUCCCAGCCCCCCAAACUGGUGUGGAGGAAGGGUAAGGAGCGAGUGGCUCACGGUGGCACCCACACCCUGCGCUCGGUCUCAUACCACGUGGCUGGCACUUACACCUGCGAGGCCUCUGUGCCCAGCGUGCCAGGGCUGCAGCGGGACCAGACUGUCCAGGUUACCGUGGAAGGGAAGCCGGAGAUGGAGGAGCGUCCGACCCAGCACCGGCUCCCGGGCGAGGGGCAGCACAUCCAGCUGACCUGCUCUGCUGUGGGACACCCUGAGCCAGAGCUCAGCUGGAGCCUGCCUGGGGUGAAGCCGGUGGUGAGCAGCACAGGGAACCGGGUGACGAGUGAGGUGACAGUAGAGGUGACGGCAGCGCUGGCCAAGUCCACAAUCUGGUGCCAGGCCAGGAACCGGUUCGGGGAGGCCAGGCAGCACUUCACCCUGGAGAUCGAACCCCCAGCAGCUACCCCCUCCUCUUCCCCCCCGGCAGCGGGGGGUCCUGAGCCCCAGGGUGGCAGUGGCGCUGCGGUUGUGGCUGUCGUGGUCUGUGUCCUGCUGCUUCUGCUCAUCGUCGGCUUCUUCUACUGCAUGCAGCGCCGGGGACACCUGCCCUGUGGGGCAGGGGAGAAGAGAUCACUGACACCCAAGGAGGGCGGUGCAGAGGACCCGGCUGUGGAGAUGAAGACGGACAAACGGAACGAGCAGACAGGGCUGCUGGGUCCGAGCGGGGGCUGUGGGGGGGUCGACGGGGGUCACGAGUGCUGAGCCCUGCCCCAGCAGAUGGCUGUACUGGGAACCCCCCCAGAGGAAGAGGAGGCUGGGACGGCAGCCGGCUGGGAGAGAUGGAUUUUGUCCCGUUCCCCCCCCAGGGGCUGCGGGGGGCAUUUACUCCAUCCCCCAAGUUCUUUUUGUUUCAAUGCCUGGUUUAUAUCAAGAGACUUUUUCAGAUGCCAAGGGGGGCUCCCUCCUGCUCCCCAUGGACUCCCCUGCCCUCCAGCACACUGUCCCCCUAUGGGCUCCACCCUCAUGGAUUCCCUGCUCCCCACAGCAUCUGGAGAAAGGGGAGACCCUCCCCUGUCCCCUGUUAUGGGGGUCAGGCGGGCAUAUUCCAUCCAACCCUCCCACAGCACCCCCUGACCCACAUCCCCUGCAAUCCCCAGCACUGGUACCCUCAGGCUUUACCCACCCUAGCACCAGGGCCCCCCCUUACCCACAGCACAUGCCCCUCAUGGUAGCAGCCCCCCAUCGCCUUCCCUCCCCCACCUCCAGCAUUGGUACCCCAGAACAUACAUCCCUCCCCCCAUCUCUGCCCUUCCCUGUGUCCCCCAGCACCUCCCCCUCCCCAAAUGGUAUUUGUCACUGGUUGUGAAUGUUUUU